AUGGCUCAGCAUAACAGUUUGUCCUUCAUCUUAUUGCUUGUAUUUAUCUACUUUAUGAAUGACCACAUGAUAACUACUAUAACUGCACGUCGCAUUCUACAAACUACUAGCUUUUCAAUGACCGCUACCCCUAGUAUCUCAAAAUUCGAGACUCCUAGUUUCUCAAAGCCAACUAUCCCCAGUUUUUCAAGGCCCGAAACUCCUAGUUUUUCAAAAAUCCCUACUUUCUCGAAACCUGAAACUCCUACUUUCUCAAAACCUAGUUUCCCUAAGCCCAAGACUCCUUCUUUUACAAAGCCCGAGACACCAAGUUUAUCAAAGCCUGAGACCCCUAGUUUUCAAAAACCUAAGACCCCUAGUUUCUCAAAGCCCGGCACCCCUAGUUUCUCAAACUUUACAAAGCCCGAGACCCCUAAUUUCCCAAAACCCGAGACCCCUAGCUUCUCAAAGCCUAAAACUCCUAGCUUCUCAAAGCCUAAAGCUCCUACUUUUUCAAAACCUGAGACACCAAGUUUCUCAAAACCUGAGACCCCUAGUUCAUCAAAGCCUGAGAUCCCUAAUUUCUCAAAGCCCGAGACUCCUACUUUCUCAAAGCCUGAAAUUCCUACUUUCUUAAAGCCCGAGACACCAAGUUUCUCAAAGCCUGAGAUCCCUAGUUUUUCAAAGCCCGAAACUCCUAGUUUCACAAAACCGGAGACUCCUAGUUCUCCAAAAUCCAAAACUCCUAGUUCUCCAAAGCCUGAGUUUCCAAGUUUCUCAAUGCCCAAGACCCCUAGUUUCCCAAAACCUGAGACUCCCACUUUUUCAAAACCUGAGAUCCCAAGUUUCUCAAAGCCCAAGGCCCCUAGUUCCCCAAAGCCUGACACUCCUACUUCCUCAAAACCUAAGACCCCAAGUUUCUCAAAGCCCGAGACCCCUAGUUCUCCAAAACCAAAGACUCCUAGUUUCUCAAAGCCCGAGACUCCUACUUUUUCAAAACCCGAGACUCCUGCUUUUUCAAAACCUGAGAUCCCAAGUUUUUCAAAGCCAGUGACCCCAAGUUUCUCAAAGCCCGAGACCCCUAGUUCUCCAAAACCUGAGACUCCUAGUUUCUCAAAGCCCGAGACUCCUUUUUUUUCAAAUCCUGAGAUCCCAAGUUUCUCAAAGCCCAAGGUCCCUAGUUCCCCAAAGCCUGACACUCCUACUUUCUCAAAACCCAAGACCCCAAGUUUCUCAAAGCCCGAGACCCCUAGUUCUCCAAAACCUGAGACUCCUAGUUUCUCAAAGCCCGAGACUCCUACUUUUUCAAAACCUGAGACUCCUGCUUUUUCAAAACCUGAGAUCCCAAGUUUCUCAAAGCCCAAGGCCCCUAGUUCCCCAAAGCCUGACACUCCUACUUUCUCAAAACCCAAGACCCCAAGUUUUUCAAAGCCCGAGACACCUAGUUCUCCAAAACCUGAGACUCCUAGUUUCUCAAAGCCCGAGACUCCUAUUUUUUCAAAACCUGAGAUCCCAAGUUUUUCAAAGCCCAAGGCCCCUAGUUCCCCAAAGCCUGACACUCCUACUUUCUCAAAACCCAAGAUCCCUAGUUCCCCAAAGCCUGACACUCCUACUUUCUCAAAACCCAAGACCCCAAGUUUUUCAAAGCCCGAGACACCUAGUUCUCCAAAACCUGAGACUCCUAGUUUCUCAAAGCCCGAGACUCCUAUUUUUUCAAAACCUGAGAUCCCAAGUUUCUCAAAGCCCAAGGCCCCUAGUUCCCCAAAGCCUGAUACUCCUACUUUCUCAAAACCCAAGACCCCAAGUUUCUCAAAGCCCGAGACCCCUAGUUCUCCAAAACCUGAGACUCCUAGUUUCUCAAAGCCCGAGACUCCUUUUUUUUCAAAGCCUGAGAUCCCAAGUUUCUCAAAGCCCAAGAUCCCAAGUUUCUCAAAGCCCAAGGCCCCUAGUUCCCCAAAGCCUAACACUCCUACUUUCUCAAAACCCAAGACCCCAAGUUUCUCAAAGCCCAAGGCCCCUAGUUCCCCAAAGCCUGACACUCCUACUUUCUCAAAACCCAAGACCCCAAGUUUCUCAAAGCCCGAGACCCCUAGUUCUCCAAAACCUGAGACUCCUAGUUUCUCAAAGCCCGAGACUCCUACUUUUUCAAAACCCGAGACACCUAGUUUUCCAAAGCUCAAAACCCCUACUUUCUCAAAACCCGAGAUCCCAAGUUCCCCCAAGCCCGAGACCCCUAGUUUCCCAAAGCCUGAAAUCCCUACUUUCUCAAAACCCGAGAUCCCAAGUUCCCCCAAGCCUGAGACCCCAAGUUCUCCAAAGCCAGAGACCCCUAGUUUCUCAAAACCCAAGACCCCAACUUCCCCCAAUCCCGAAACCCCAAGUUCUCCAAAGCCUGAGACUCCUUUUUUUCCAACGCCUAAGACCCCUAGUUUCGCAAAGCCCGAGACUCCUAGUUUCUCAAAACCUGAAACCCCAAGUUCCUCGAAGCCAAAGAUUCCAGGCUCCCCAAAGCCUGAGACCCCAAGUUCCCCGAAACUCGAGAGUCCAAAAUUCUCAAAACCUGAUACCCCUAGUACCCCAAAUUUUUCAAAACCUAAGACCCCUAGUUCCCCAAAGCCUGAGACUCCUAGUUUCUCAAAGCCAGAGAUACCUAGUUUCUCAAAGCCAGAAACCUCUAAUUUCUCAAAGCCUGAGAUUCCAACAGUCUCGAAGCCUGAGAUUCCUAGUGUUUCUAAGCCCGAAAUACCAAGUGUGCCAAAACGUGAGCUACCAACUACCCCUAAGCCUGAGGUCCCAAUUUUUACAAUGCCUGAAUUACCAGUUGUUUCAAAACCUGAAAUUCCAAGUGUGUUAAAGUCAGAAAUUCCAAAACUUUCUAAAACAACAUUGUCAACUCCUCCGUGA